ACACUACGUUAUAUCGGAAUGUUUUGUCGAUACGUAUUUCGUCAGGCAUCUAAGUGCUAGAAUCAAAAAAACGUGAUAACUCUAAAUAAAUAAUCGGCCUUUUGUAUUUAAAACCUGAAUUUAGCCUUAUAACAGACCGAUGGUCUUUUUAGAUGUGGCGUUAUUGUUUAUAACGAUAGCUAUUACCGAUUGUUACGUCUCAUACAUGUCCACGUUCUAAUGUUACAAAGAUUUUACUUAAGAUAAAUAUUGCUCUUUCAAUAGUUUUCCUACAUAUUGAAAAAUAAUUUGCAAUGCACAAAAAUCCUAAAUCCUUAGAAAUUUCCAUUUAAAAUAAUGUUCAAUUUGAGGUUAAGUAUUGAAACGCUCUAGACGUAAUAAGUACAGCUGAAAAGCAAACAAAACGACGGCAAGUACCAACAAGUUUUAGCGUAGCAUCUACAUUUAAUACCUUGUGCAAUUUACAUAAUUUUAAUCGAUCAUCCAUCUGAUUACUUUUCAAUUUUGCAUUGCUAGAAUCAUCGUGUGCACUUUAAUUUACCCAUUUUAACUAAGAAUAUUUUCACCGUGGUUGUCUUAAAUGAUCAUUGCAAUAAAAUACAUAUUUAUCAAUAGCAUUACAUUAUUUUUGCCUAGUGAUUUAACUAUAUAACUACUCGACAUAAUUUCGCGCCCUUUCACCUAUCUCCAUUUUUUUCUAUUAAAACGACGCGACAUGAAAUCAAGACUCGAAAGAGAUUAUGUGGUCAAGGAGUUAAACUUGGAUAAUUGUAGAAGCACUGCAAUUGUAGGGCUAACAGACGAAUAUAUAAAUCUAAAAAUACUCAGUCUUAAUAACUCGGGACUUACAACUUUGAAAGGUUUUCCAUCACUUCCAAAGCUAUGGAAGCUAGAGCUCUCAGAUAACAGAAUAUCAAAUGGACUGAAUUUUCUACAUGGAUGUAAAAAGUUGACUUAUCUAAAUCUUUCUGGUAAUAAAAUCAGGGAUUUGCUAACUUUGAAACCACUAGAAGCAUUUGAAAAACUGAAAAACUUGGACUUGUUCAACAAUGAAGUAACUAAUAUUGAAGAUUAUAGGACAAAAGUGUUUGCUUUACGUCCAUCAUUGAAAUAUUUAGAUGGAUAUGACAAAGAUGAUAAAGAGGCUGAAGAUAGUGAUGCCUUUAGCGGUGAUAGUUACGAAGAGAACGGAAACAAUGACAGUGAAGAAGAUGAUUCCGAUGAAGAAGUUGAAGAUGAGGAUGAUGAGUUAUCACUUUCAGAAGUUUACAAUGAAAACCUUGAAGAGGAGAGUUCAGCGAGUCCACUGUAUGAAGCCGAAGGAUAUUUGGAUGACGACUAUGAUGAUUAUGAAGAAGGUGAUGAGGAAAAUGAUGCGAACGGCGAGCACAACUCCAAACCACAGGAGGGCGGCAACACGCGGGAGAGCAACGAGGAGAGCACUCGAGGUAAAAAGCGGAAACAUGAAGACGACGAUGAAAACUGAAAGUUGCCUUACGCGGAGUUUCUUACUAGUUUGUAAGUGUACAGCGCUCCAUACCUCGGACAAUCACUGCACUGUCCACUGUAUGACCAUUGGAGCCAGUAUUCCAGUCACGUCUGAGAGGAAUCUGUAGUUUGUUGUCCGACAAGUUGAUGUUUCAAUUAAAUUGUUUAUGUAAUAAUCAUUUUUUAUUCUAUUGAAAAUGCUUAAUUUUUAGUCUAAUCAUUGAAAGUGCAUGGAUUUUAGGGUUAGCUCUCGACAAAUCUUAAAAGUAAAAAAGAUUAGCUAUAAGUGAAAUGAUUUUUUUUUAAUGAUUCCGAUGCCUUUUUAACACAUGACGAUUAUAUUCCGAUGUGGGUGUUCCGCCUGUAUGUUAAUAUGACCAACUGAUUAGACUGGUUGAGACAUAUUAAAUAUGAAAUAAAAUUCUAUGUCGUGACAAUUUUCAUAUUUAUGUACAAAAUGAAAAUACAAAAGCAAAGAAUAAAAUAUUAGUAGAGGCGAACUACACACUUUUGAUUGAUUUGUAUA